CCUCAUUCAAGUUUUGCGUAUCGGAGAGUGCGCAUUUAUUGAUCCGUAUUAGCGAGUGGCAGACAUCCAUUUGGGAUUAAAUCUGAAACUGUGUUUCUUUUUCAGUCCGUUCCGAGAGUGCACGGCAUCAGUGGGAGAUAACAGAAGACUUAAAGUGGCACUAUAAAAAUCGCUUUUAAGCGAAGACCCUGUUCUGGGAGCCUUCUUGAAGACCCUGGUAACAUGGACGGAUUUUAUGACCAGCAAGUUCCUUUUGUGGUUACACCUAAUUGUUUUUCCACAGCAGAAUUCAUUACAAGUAGAGGAAACAUACAGCAGGCCAUUUAAUGACAGAAAAAGAAAGUUAGUGGAGACUGAACUCGCUCAGGAUACAGAAGAACUUUUCCAGGACCUCAGCCAGCUGCAGGAGAUUUGGAUCGCAGAAGCUCAGGUGCCCGAUGACGAACAGUUUGUCCCUGAUUUCCAGUCGGAGAACUUGAUGUUUCAUGGCCCACCACCAACCAAGAUCAAACGGGAACUGAGUCCCUCCAAAGAGCUCUCCCCCUGUAGCCAAGACAGAAGUCCCAUGCUGUAUGGAGAGAAGUGCCUUUACAGCUACAGUGCCUAUGAAAGGAAGCCCUCAGCUGGGUACAAGCCAUUGACUCCUCCCUCAACGCCCGUCUCACCGUGCGGUUCUGCCAAUCCUAUUGGGACACACCCCCUGCACGAACAGACUCCUCCCCCUGUCCCCAAUACAACAUUAGGGCAGCAUCUUCUUCACAGGCUGCCUUCGAUGACCAAGUCCACACCCGGCCAACCGACACUCCCUCACCACAGCCAGAGCCCACCUUUUGCAGUGCCCUGUCCACCCCUGAACCGUGACGCUCACUUCAAUGCUGAGCCUAGGUUUCAGCGACAACUUUCAGAGCCCUGCCUUCCGUUCCCGCCUGCUGACACCCAGGGAAGACCCAACUUCAUGCCACAGGUCCCAAGCACUUCACCUAGAGAUGGAAGGCCACCUUACCAUCGCCAAAUGUCCGAGCCCCUAGUUCCCGUGCCUCCUCAGGGCUUCAAACAGGAGCUCCUAGACCCCCGCUAUGCCGAGCAGGGUGUACCCAACAUGGGCCCAUCCCAGGCUUUCCACUCGAUGGCCAUCAAGCAGGAGCCGCGAGACUUCUGCUUUGACUCUGAAGUGCCUAAGUGUCAGUCUUCAUUUGGGAGGGCAGCAAGUUUCUACCAAAACCAUGAGAACUUCUCAUUUGACAGAGAUCAGCAGUUGUAUUAUGACGACACCUGCGUGGUUCCGGAGAGAAUUGAAGGGAAGAUAAAGCAAGAGUCCUCUGUGUUUCGUGACGGCCCGCCGUACCAGCGCCGUGGCUCCCUCCAACUUUGGCAGUUUCUGGUCACGCUCCUUGAUGAUCCCGCCAACGGCCAUUUCAUUGCCUGGACGGGACGUGGAAUGGAGUUCAAACUUAUAGAGCCAGAGGAGGUGGCUCGACGCUGGGGCAUCCAGAAGAACAGGCCGGCCAUGAACUAUGACAAGCUGAGUCGCUCCUUGCGUUACUAUUACGAAAAAGGAAUAAUGCAGAAGGUGGCUGGUGAGAGGUACGUAUAUAAAUUUGUGUGUGAUCCCGAGGCCCUCUUCUCCAUGGCCUUCCCAGACAACCAGAGGCCCAACAUUAAAGCAGAUCCUGACAGCCUCGCCGGCGUGGAUGAGGACACACUUCCGUUGACGCACUACGAUGAUGGGGCUUCGUACCUGGUAGAUGGUGGUGAGCAGUGCGUCGCCGGGAUGCCUUUUCCUGACGGUUACGUGUACUGAACUGUUGAUCUGACUGAAACACAUCUGUCCCUGUUGCCUCAACUCCUGAACUGUCCACUUCCAGAUUAACCCUCCCUAACAUAUAAAAGAAUGAGGAGAUAUCUGCAAGACACUUUAAGAAGCCUAGAAGGAUGUCGAGGAAAUGAGCAAAGACGGUAUCCAGCGCUCAAACCUUCCUCAUGGCAAACGGUCAAUGCUGUGAAAAGAAACGGUUGAGCUGGAGCAGAACGGUGCUUGAAAGACUGACAAAUCUCACUGCAAGAAUUGUAGCAAUUCUGUUUUUGACAAUCCGCUUUUUAAAGACAAUUGGUAACAAAUUAUUUAGAGACAUGUUAAGAUAACCCUUCAAUGCAGCACUAUUUAAUAGUUGCCUUUUUGGUCCCAAUUUAAUUUUGUGUUUCCUCCGAACCAUGUAGACAAGAAGUCAAAAGGGCUUUAUUUUGCAAGGAGGAUAAAAAACAACCCAUUUGUUUCUUGUUAAGACUUUGUUAAGGCUGGCUUUUAUACGUUUUGUUUAAACGUGGACAACUUUAAUGAUGCUGAGGAUUCCUACAGAACAAUGUUUUAUUUUUUGUAUCGUUGGUUCUGAAUUCUUUGUCAAGUGUUGUUUUGUAUUAACUUUUUUUGUUUCGUGCUUGUUAACCCAAGAGUUGAUGUAAAGUUCAACCAGAGGCACUCUAAAGUAUAUUUAGUCAACUUCACAGGACUGUUAACCAAUUGUUAAACAUAUUUCUUUAUGACUAUAGCUAAUUCUUUUGUUUUAGCUCCCCAAAAUGCCAAAUUUUAAAUAUAGAGUUGAUAUUAUUUUCUCACAUGACAACAUUCAAAAGGGAUGCACUAGUCAGAAUUUCUCCUUGAUGACUCUUGAGUGUAAGUUAAGUUAAGAUUAAUUUAGCAUAUAUCAUAAUUUCUGGCAUAUAUUAUUUUGUCAUCGUUGAUUUUAAUGCACCAGGAGAGCAGGAUUAUCAGGGCCUUGCAUGCAAUAAGGUAAACAAAUACAUUUUCAAGUUGACAAAAGACCACUGCUUCCUUUUGCAUGAUGUACUCAGCUGUCCACUAACAUAUCGCUUUAUGCUGGACAAAAAAGAAAUUGUGGAGUUUCUGCAUUUGUAUUCUCUCGUUUCUUUCUUUUUUUGGAAAGAUGAACUUAUAUAUUUUUGCAAAGUCUGCAUUUAUUUGAGUUUAUUGAAUAAGCUGUAUAGUUCUGCCUGUAACAGAUUCUCUAUGUAUGUUUUAAAUGGAUCCCUGUGUGGCAGUGAAUGCACACCGCUGGUUACCGGACACCUUUUCCUGGUGGGUUCGAGAGCAGUGCCUUUAAAUGAGAGGUGCAGCUUAUACAUGAACAGUUUUCUCAUUGAAUGAGGGGCUUGUCUCAACCGCCACCACAGAAAGGUUGUCUGCACUUGUACAGGCUUAACCUUGUCCCCUCACAAUGUGUACCUUACACUGCUGAGCUUAUAAUCUGUACUGGGUACAAUAAACUGUCCAUUCUGCUUCA